AUGGAGCAACAACCAACCCAGGUGUCCCCUGCCAGCCCACCAUCUGGUGGGGCUCCGGUGGUCACGUCAGCUCCACCGGUGGCCGCACCACGGAAAAAGACGGGCAAGUUUCUUGGAUCGGCGCUGAACAUCACCAACCGGUACCGGGCGAAUAGCAGCAGCCUGAGCAAGGUGAGCCUUGCCAUUACGAACCUGAAGGUGAUCCAGAACGCACCGCUACCACCACCGAUCAGUGCGAUGAUUGCGUCCGACAUCCCGCCUGUCUGCAAGUAUCUGCCAUCGUACCGGUUGUGCUCCCGGAAUCCGUUCAAUCGAGAGGCGUGUGAGGCGAUCCUGCGUGAGGCGAUGGACAAGUCGCUGCAGGGCGUUGAGUAUAGCUCGUACUUUGCGCCCUCGCUUUGUCAGCAGAUUUGCGAGGAUAUUAAGGCGCGCGUCAAGGAACUCAAGUUCGACAGGUACAAAAUCGUCGUCACCGUCACCAUCGGCGAGCGGUACAUGCAGGGGUUGAAAGCAAUCACCCAGUUCCUGUGGGAUCCGGACAAGGACAGCUACGCCACGUGCAUUUACGACGCGUCACCGAGUCUGGUAGCUGUCGGGACGAUUUACGCCAUCUAUUUCGAUUAG